ACGAGGAGAAUUUGUUCACUGAAUUAAGAGCUCUGGUGGGUGAUCAUUUCCCUUAUUCUCAUGACGCUAAUGUUUGAUUCAUCAAUGAUACUGUAAGGAGAAAUUGGAUACCAAUCACUCUUAGGGGUCCCAAGGUUAACUGUCGAUCGAAAAUUGCUCUAGAUUCAAGUUGUAAAGUAGGACAGUCACCACAGGGAGUCGGCUCUUGAGUGUCGACUCGUACGAGUGCCCUUAGUACCAGAGAAGAUGGCGGUUCUGGAUGGCUAUUUCCGUAGUGGUUUAAUUAAAUCCUUAAAGUUUUCAAUGUAUUUGGUUUUGUCCAAUUCGUAAAUGGACUUUUAAAGAGACAGAUGUCCACGAUAGACUAACAUAAGAUGCAGGAGUUAGAAGAGUACCCUAUUGCAAUGAAAACGGCACAAUAACAACACCACCAGAGAAAAUCAAAAGAGAAAAUCAUUAGAGAAAAUCAAGCAAACCUGGGAUGAAUAACUUGACUAUUUCAACCCUCCUCAGACUACAAAACGCUCUAUCGUCUCGCAGCAGUACGCUUAAGGUUACCGAAUCCACAGCCAUUCUUUUUAUAAAUUUCUGCGCGCUUGCUGGAAAUAUAAUUUUAUACUGGGCUAUUCGAAGAAACUGCCGCCUUCGACAAAAUACCACGAAUUUAUUCAUUUCAUCUCUGGCUGUGUCUGAUAUACUUAUGGCCCUUCUUUGUAUGCCGUUUUCAAUCGGAGUUUUCAUUCUAGGACGUUGGGUGUAUGGCGAGUUGGCUUGUCAGCUUCAUGGAUUCGCUUUCUUCGUGUUGGUGUUUGUAUCGCAAGAAACUAUGGCCCUGAUUGCAGUAAACCGCUACCUAAACGUUACAAAACCAGCCGUUUAUCGAAGAAUCUUUACACGUACAAGGUCGCUCAAAAUGAUCGUAUUGGCAUGGCUAGUUUGCGUAAUUUACGUCGGUACUUUUGCCAUUCUGAAGUGGCCAAUUUUCAUUUUUGACCCCGGCAAGACAAUCUGCCACAUUAGGUUAACAGAUCGCUAUUUUAAGACCGCCUGGAAUAUAAUAACAAUGGCUGUUUUUGCGCUUGCACCGAUGGCCACCCUUUUAUUUUGUUAUUGGCGGGUUUUGGUGUCCGUUCGUAGACACAAUACUGCAACUUUACGCUCGCUUCGCGCUGGAAGUCUGCAAAGAAGUGCCCAUGCACUGGAAGAUGUAAAGAUUAAUAAGAUCAUUCUGGGUCUGAUAGCGGGGUACUUUUGUUGUUGGCUGUCAGCAUACGGUAUUUCUUACGUCGAACUAGCUUACCCUGCAAUCUCAGUUCAGCGUUUCCCCCAAACUCUUUGGGCAUUUCUGGUAUUCAGUUCGAGUGCCAUUAAUUCUGUUAUUUAUGGAAUUCUGAACAGAACAUUUCGAGUAGAAAUUCUCAAGAUAGUGACUUGCAAAAAGAGGCGGAGAUCGAGCUAACGAAAACAACAUCACGAAUCGUGUUUUGUAAAGAAAAAGAAACUACAUUGUUGUCAUUUUUGAAUCUAUAUGUGUAUAGCUGAUUUUGAAAAAAAUUCCCGCUCGUAAGUCAUGUGAUACACUCACUUUUUCCA